AUGCACAAAUUGCUCAGUUCCCUACUCGUUUAGAAUGCUUCGUACAUGUCUAUGUCUGUCUUUCUUGCGUACGUAUAAUUUUCGGAAUAUUCAGUAAUAUGUGAAAGUGAUAAUUACUUUACUCAUUUUACUGUGGAUGUGAAAAAGCAAACAAUCAAAUUGUGAAAGUAGUGAAGUUGUGUUUACUAGUGAUAUUUUUAUAAAGACCUUGAUAAAAUAAGGACAAUCGCAGUUGGUACAAUCGCGCAAUAUGGCUGCCGAGAAGAAAGUGCAGAAAUAUAAUUUCGAUAAAAUAUGUCGCGCUUGUUUACAAGUGAAAAAGGAUAUGAGACCAUUAUUUGAACAGCUGACUGCAACGAUGCUGAUGGGGAUAUCAAAAGUGCAGGUUGCCAUUGGAGACGGUCUACCUCACCAGCUAUGCUUGCAAUGCGUGCACCAAAUAUCAAGAUGCCAUGCCUUCAAGGAGCUGGUGGAAAGAAAUGAUGGGAUACUGCGCGAACAGAAGCUGAAGGAUGAUGAGGAGCUGCAGAAGAAUGAGGCAGAGAAAUCCCUAACAAUAUCCUGUUCAGAAACGGCGCCAUACAUCGAGUUUAUUGAAGUCCAAAAUCUGAAUAGCAAUCAGAUACUAGAGGGCUUCUUUUCGGACACGUCGAGUCAAAACACUGUAGCUAACGUUACCCAAGAGAUACUGCCGAAAGAAGACUUUGAUAUCGAUAAGCUUCAACCACCGGCUCCAGUACCAACCGAUACAAAAGAAGACAAAGGCUUCAAUUCCGACGAAGAGAACUACCUCCAAAUGGUGGUAUUCCAAACCACGUGUGCGGUUGGUCCAGGGAGACAUGUGUGCAACCUUUGUCACAAGGAGUUCAAACAUGCGAGAUGGUGGAAGCAGCAUAUGAGAUCGCAUACUAAUUGGAUUAAAGCGAAUUGCAAGAAGCCGCCCAGUUGCCCGAUUUGUGAGAGGACUUUUAAGGGCCCAGGCAUGUUAAAGAUGCACAUGCGCACCCACGAGCAACGACCGCCCAAACAGCCCACGUGUUCCGUCUGCCAACGGACCUUCCCCACCAAAACACUCCUCUAUCGACACAGACAGACACACUUCGAGCAGAAAACCCACCAGUGUACGGUGUGCGAGAAACGCUUCUUUAGUGGCUACGCUUUAAGGUCGCAUAUGGCCCGGCACAGGGGAGAGAGACCGUAUAUAUGCGCCGUGUGCUCGAAGACGUUCUAUAAUCCGACGGAUUUGAAGGUACAUUUCCGUCUGCACACUGGUGAGAAACCAUUAAAAUGCUCAGAAUGUAACAAAGCCUUCCGAAGACAUUCAACACUGUGCCAACAUAUGAAGAAGCACAAAGGUAUACGGAACCACGUGUGCAAUAUUUGCAAUAAGGCUUUCUAUGAAGUGUCGAAGCUGAACGCUCACAUGCGGGUGCAUACAGGCGAACGUCCCUUCGAAUGUCAGUUCUGCGAGCGUCGUUUCGCUCAACAAUCAGCGCUCAUCUACCACAGACGCACGCAUACAGGCGAGAAGCCGUACAAUUGCAAGCUGUGCUCUGCCAAGUUUACAACUUCCUCGGCAAGGAAUAACCACCUAAUGACGCAUACGGGGUUGAAGAAAUUCGUGUGCCCAGUAUGUCUCAAAGGCUGCUCUUCCCGUACGGAACUACGGGUACACUCAAGCAAGCACACGGGCGAGAAGCUGUUCGGCUGCGGGAUCUGUUCGCAGCGGUUCAGCUCAGCGUCCUACCUCGCUGUGCACAAGCGGUACCAUACCGCUGAGAAGAAGUACCAGUGCAAUGUUUGCGGGAAAGCAUACAUGGAGUCCAGUUCCUACAAAAAACACUUAAAAACGCACGAAACGGUGAAACAAGACGCGGAGAGUUCCACAGACAGUACACCCGUAGAGAAAAAAGAGGAGGAUGAAGAAGAACAAAAACCACAAGAAACGGAACAGACUCAAGAAGUCACGGUGACUGAGAAUGGCCAGAAGCGAUAUAAGUGUGGGUUGUGUGUGAAGAGCUAUAUGUAUCUGCACAGCUUGAGGAAACACAUGCUAACUCAUGUGCAAAUGUGCGUGUUCAACCCGGACGGCUCGGAGAAACUGUAUGCUUUUAGGAAUCAACAGCAGCAAAUUGUCCAAAACGUCCAAGACCAACAACAACAGCAGCAACAGCAACAACAACAGCAGCAACAACAGCAACAACAGCAGCAGCAACAGCAACAACACCACCAACUACAAGUGCAGUUACAGCCGCAGCAACAAGUGCAACAGUUGCAGCAACAAGUUGUACAAGUGGGCAGUGUGCAACAACUCGCCGUGCCUAUACAUCAACAUGUGCAGAACGUCCAACAACAAUAUCCUGUGAUAUCUUCAGUACAAUCUUUACAAUUACAACAAACACAUCAACAUAUUAACUCUCAGCCCCAACAACUUCAAGUACAAACAAUACAAAUACAUCCGCAGCAACAGCCUAUACAAAUCCAUGCUGUUGGUGUACAACAGGUGCAACAAGAACAAUUACAUGUUGCUACUUCUACUUGCCAGACCAUGUUGCCCAAUAUCUUACAGCUCCAGCCAGCAACAGUAGUAUCAGGUUUGGGUCAACAAGACCUGUCUAGCGUGGCUCAUAGAAUUAUACUGCAACAACCUACAGGAACACAUCCAGCCGUUUAUACCAUACAUCACUAAUGCCUUUUAAUAAAUUUGUAUUCUAGUA